CGACUAAGAGAACGCUUCCGUGGAGCUUGAAUAAAAACCUUCGAAUCCCUCCCUUUCCCCUCUACCGUGUCUACCGUAUUUCUCGACCUGAAUCCUGCUGGAUAUUCCCAGCUGCUUAACAAAGGCCUUCGAAUCUGCGAACUCCAAGAACAGAGACAAAUCUCCGAUUCUCUGCCUGAGACACCUAGAAAUCGCUGCAGCAUGGGACAACCUUCCACGCAGGCGAGCAAUGCCAUUAUUUAUCUCUCCUAUGGCGCUUUCUUGGUCUUUGGUUGCUACAUCGCCUUCCGACUUCGCCACCAGUCCAAGGGCGAAUAUCUUUCAGGCAAUCGGACUCAAACUGCUUUCCCCUUGGCUCUCAACUUCAUUGCGUCUGCUCUCGGAUCCGGAAUUCUCUUUUCAUAUCCUCAACUCGCAACCAUCACCGGCGUUCAGGGAGUGGUGAUCUAUGCCAUUACCUCUGCAGCUCCACUGAUGAUUUUUGCCUAUCUUGGUCCAAUCAUCAGGAAGAAAUGCCCGGAAGGGUUCGUUCUGACUGAAUGGACUAGACAGCGUUAUGGCAUAGUCGCCGCCUUGUACCUGUCUUUCUUGACGCUGGUUACAAUGUUUCUCUACAUGGUGGCCGAACUUUCUGCCUUGCAACAAAUCAUGAAUGCUUUGACGGGAAUGGACGGGCUUCCAAUGGUUAUCGUCGAGUGUGCCGUCACGACCAUUUAUACAUCUCUGGGGGGUUUCAAGAUAUCGUUCAUCACGGACAACAUCCAAGGAGCUAUGGUUGUAGCUCUGAUUAUCAUUGCUACUAUUACUGUCGGAGUCGAAACUAAGAUUGACAAGACUCUUAUCAACUCGUCGGGCCUCACAAAGCCCACUCUCCUUGGUUGGCAGCUUCUCUACAUCUUGCCCGUUGCGGUCUUGACGAACGAUUUCUUCCUCUCCAAUUUCUGGAUAAGAACUUUUACUUCGAAGACUGACAAGGACUUGCGGAUCGGUGUUUCUAUUGCCGCAGUCGUUACUCUGAUCAUUUUGACACUUGUGGGUGCUACAGGCUUGAUUGCAACCUGGUCUGGUGCCUUUGAUCCCAAUAACCCUGAUCAAGAUGGCAGCGUUGCAUUCUUUUACCUCCUGGAGCAACUUCCAGCCUGGACCGUAGGAAUUGUGCUAGUCAUGGUCGUUUCCCUGAGCACUGCCGCAUUUGAUAGUUUCCAGUCAGCUAUGGUGUCUACCGCAUCGAAUGACCUCUUCCGGAACAAGCUCAAUAUUUGGUGGGUGAGAGGAGGCGUGGUCUUGAUCAUCUUCCCGGUUGUGGUUCUUGCGUUAAAGGCUCCAAGCAUCCUACAAAUUUACUUGAUUUCCGAUCUUGUGUCUGCUUCAACGAUCCCGGUCCUAGUCCUUGGCCUGAGUGACCGCUUUUAUUGGUGGCGAGGCUUCGAGGUUGUUGUAGGCGGACUCGGGGGUAUUUUCACAGUCUUCAUCUUUGGGACGAUUUACUUCGGCAGUGCUUUGCAAGGCGCAAGGCUUAUCCUCCUGGAGCAAGGUCUUUACGGCAAUGACUGGAGUGCAUUUGGAGCCUUUGUGGCUGCUCCCAUUGGUGGGCUGCUUUGGGGAUUUGGUGCUUUGGCAGUGAGACUUGCUUACCAAUUCUUUAAUGCAAAGAUCAGCGGCCAUCGCUUCGAUGCAUUUGAUCGCCCAGCAUACCUCGAUAAUCAAGUCGAGGGAGCACCUGAGUAUGCAGCAAGCGAUGAAAUACACAGCGAUCCUCAAAAUGGUCUGGUGACGGUCGACCACAAGGGGAAGUUCUUUUGAGCUGGGGCUGGUGGAAGCCGGAGGUAAGCUUGGUAUGUUAAGUGGAUGAUACCUUACGUAUGAAAGGAUUGUGUUUCUUUUCGGGGUUUGAAGAGGGACAAGAGGACCGGAGCACUAGGGGUGGUACAUCAGAGGACAAACAUCAUUAGUUGGAGGCGAGUUAUUUCCUUUGAACACGUCUAAUGUCGAGUAUGUCAUACACAUAAAACUACAACGGCCUUCCUGAGCUCAAUAUCCUCACAUCGAGCCCAAAUCGCCGCAAGGCCAAGGCCUUCAAGCCAACGCUUUCCUCUCCCAUUCCUCUACAUCGUCCAAUGUCGUCUCCUGAGUUGUCCCCCAAACCUGCCACUCUCCCUCUCUCCAACCCUCGUACUGCCUCUGCAAAACCACG